GCCAGUGAGCUGUAUGCUGCUGGGUCGGCCUUCCGUGAUCGAUAUGUCGCGAUUCAUUCGACGGACGUUAGUCCCAGUACGAGAAUCGAACGGAUUUCCUCCUAUGUACUUGCAGAUGAAGACAUCGAUAUCUUGGCCACCACGGACGCCUCCGUGAUUGCCUCCGCCCAGGCCUUCAUGCAGGGUCUCUAUCCGGCGUUGAAUGAGACAUACGAUGCUCAAUUCUUUGAUCCCAUUUUCCUCAUGUCGAAUGGCUCCGUAACUACAGGACCUCUGGGUGGAUAUCAGUAUUCCCGCGUCGUUAGUGCGAGCCUCGACGAUCCUCAGUCAGUGAUCGUGGCAGGCCACCAAAACUGCAUGUUGCAUCAAACUGCCGACCUGGAGUACCGAAACAGCCCUGAGACUCAAGACCUAGUCCAGACAUCCGGGGCGUUCUACAAUCGUCUGUAUGAAUUCUCCUUAAGAGACACAUUCGAUCGCUCAUCAGCCAAUUACCUCAACGCUGUUUCCAUAUCUGAAUUCCUCCAGUACCAGUACUUGCACAAUGAAUCGCUCCUCCACAGCCUGAACGAAGACGACAUCAAGCUCGCCAACUGGUACGCAGACCAGUACACCUUUGCGACUAAUGGCAACACCACAGCCUCCAGUCCCAUUCAGAGCAGCAAUGUUCGCGCUGUGGCGGGCCGAUCCAUGGCGUCUCGUGUCUUAGAUGCUUUCAACACCAACAUCUACAACCGGGGCGACAGCAGCAAACUGACCUUCCUCUUCGGCAACGCCGAGCCGGCGGUGGCUCUCGCAUCCCUCCUACGACUCCCAUCCCCGCAGCAGUCGAACUUCUACUCGCGACCUGCGCUCGGUGCAUCGAUCAUUUUCGAGCUCUUCAGCCUCGAAAGCGACUCCUACCCGAUCUACCCUGAUCCAUCCCAGCUGUACGUGCGGUUCCUCUUGCGUAAUGGGACCGAUGACGAAGCAGAGUUCCAUCCCUAUCCCCUGUUCGGGCUCAGCCCCAGCAACACGGAUGUCUCGUACUCGGAGUUUGAGGAGGAGUUGACCAAGUUCGCCCUCAACUCCACCGAAGCGUGGUGUCUCCAGUGCGGCGCCAGCUCAGCGGUGUUCUGUCCCGGAAUCCUGGAGGAAGCCGACGAUGCUGAUGCUUCGUCGAUCCAGAAUGGUAGCAAGAGCAACACCAGUAUAACACCUGGCGUGGCAGGUGUCAUUGGCGCCAUUGUCACCCUUGUUGCGAUUGGUAUGGUUGCCGCAGCUGGGUUCUUGUUCUUUGGCAUUCGAAUGAACCGGCGGUACAAGUCGAACCUCACCGACAUCAAAGGGGGAAUCAAGUUGGCCAGUGAUUCAAAUCUAGCUCUGCGGGAAAAUAUGUGAUCAAAAUGCUUUGCGCUGGUUGAGGUUUUGUUUACUAAUACUCAAGCUUGGGCUAUUUUCCUGGGUUGGGCGUUAUGGUAUGGACAAAAAGUGAUUUUCAACGAAAGAUCAAGGCGAUCAUUGAUAUUGGUUAACUGAAGUCAUAAUUAAUAGGCA